GUCAACUCACCACUUACUUUACAUAUUGUCACCAAAUCGAGAGUUCUGAUUGGACGUAGAGUUAAUGAGACUAUCAACACCAAGAAUUUAAUAAGUGUGUUCAGUUUUUGCGCGGUCCUCAUAUAUAAUGAACUAAAACCACGGCACACCRCAAUCACUGUAGUAAGACAGUCUACUGCAACUUUUGGCGUCAGAGAAAAAGCCUUUGAGACCAUAUUUUAAAAACAGGAUCAAAACAACGGGUUUUCUUUGCUGAGAACGUUAUCAAAAGAAUUUUUACGACUAUGGACAAACAUACUUUAAGAGUAUUUUUCGUAGUUUUAUAUGGAAAAUUUGUACUUUCAUUCAAUGUUGAUUUACGGGAGCCAAUCGUCAUGGAAUCGGGAUUUUCAGGAGAAUAUUUUGGAUUCACAGUAGCUUUACAUUCGCAUCGUUCUGACAACUGGGUCCUAGUGGGAGCACCUCUAGCCAAUCAGACUGCACCUCUAGGGUCACGUUCCUCCAUCCACGAAAGAUAUGGAGCUGUAUACAAGUGUAGGCCCAGUARGGGAUCCAAGUGUGAGUCGGUUCCUAUCGAUAUUACAGAUUCAUUAUCAAUGGAACACAAUGAUGAGCCGAUUGAUCUAGAAGAAAAGACUGGUCAAUGGCUGGGCGCGACUCUCCACAGCACGGGAAAGGACGGCAAAGCAGUGGCUUGUGCACCAAGGUACACUCUUACGGGGACAUUUAAAGAUAAUCCUGAAGGAAGAGCUCGUCGAAUGCUCGGAAGAUGUUUUCUUAUUCGUGAUAACCUUGUUGGUCAAUACAAGACAGUUAGUCCGUGUUACCAUGGCGAUAACACGAGAGAGAUGAUCUACGGGUACGGGCACGAUGGAUACUGCCAGGCAGGGUUUGGCGCAUCCUUGACCAAAGAUGGACAAACAUUAGCUCUUAGUGCUAUUGGGAAAAAUUAUGGCAAAGGAUCUGUUGGUGCCUAUUUUAAAGAAACUGGAAAAACGAUUUUCGUGCAGAAUUCAGAACUAAAAAUGGAAAACUGGGGAGAAGGAAUGGGUUAUGCAGUAACGACAGGACACUUCAAGUCAGCAAGCAAAGAACAACUUGUUGGAAGUUCUCCKAGAGGGAGUAAUUUAAAAGGAAAAGUUGUCGCAUUUGAGGUUAUUGGACAAGAGAAAAUCAAAGUUAGCUUCACGCUGCCUCUCCCUAAAGAUGCUCAGAUAGGAAGCUACUUUGGACACACUGUAUGCUCGGUAGAUCUGGAUAAUGACGGUAUGUCAGACCUACUUGUCGGUGCACCGCGAUACAGUUACGACAGAGAUGAAGGACGUGUGUAUGUUUAUCUAAACAAUGGUUUGGGUGCGUUGAACCUGAUGGACAACAUGAUCCUUGAUGGUGACCGUCGAAUUGAUGGUAAUUUCGGCUUCGCUAUUGCGUCAGCCGGCGAUUUGAACAAAGACGGAUUUAACGAUGUAGUAAUAGGUGCCCCAUAUGGUGGUGAAAAUGGUCGUGGUGCCGUCUAUAUAUAUCACGGUUCAAGUCAUGGAAUUGAUACAAAUUACAGACAGAAAAUUACCGCAUCRAUGCUGGCUGACCAGGAAAUUAAAACAUUUGGUUACUCGUUAUCUGGAGGACUCGACGUAGACAACAAUAAUUACCCUGAUAUUGCAGUGGGAGCAUUUGCUUCAGAUAAAGCUGUUCUUCUGAGGACGAGACCGAUUGUUGAAGUUAAAGGAAAAAUCAGACUCAGUCAAAACCAAAUUGUACUGGAAAACAACAAGACGUCUAUGUGUGACUUCGGUGAUGGGAUAAGACGAAAAUGUUUUACAGUUGAAGUGUGUCUACAGUUUUCCCACAAGGUACCAUUGAAUCAAGGAGUGAAUCUCAAAUACUCGCUGGAACUCGACCAAGACAUGCAGACAGAUUUUCUACGAAGAAUGUUUUUUCUUAACAAAAACAAAACAGAGAAAGUGUUUUCUGUUUCGAGUAACAUGUCGUUAACACAAGACAUACCCUGGAUGUGCCAUCCUGCCUACCAAGUCUAUCUCAGGGAAGAAAAUCGGAUCAAUGAUGGCGUUUCACCUCUUACUUUUGAUCUGAAGUUUGAUCUUGAAAACACAGCAGRUUGCACUCUAUGCCCAAUACUGGAUGAAUAUGAUGAUGUUCGACGACGAACCGUUAGAGAAAAGGCUCAGUUUGUGAAGCAAUGCGGCAAAGAACAAGACUGUGUACCUGAUAUGACAGUCAAAGGAAAAGUAUCAUUUCACGGGGGUUACAAGGACCUACGUAUUGGUAUGACCAAUGAGAUGCGUGUAUCGAUCGAUGUUGGCAACAAAGCAGACGACUUUGCCUACCCUGGUAAGGUUAUCGUGACCUACCCUUCACUACUGGGGUACAUUGGUGCAGAGGCCAAACAGGGAGUACAGUGUAACAGAAUAGACAGCGGGAAAGAGACCCAGGAAGCAGUUUGUAUAGUUGGGAUGCCCUUCAAAGGACGAACACAGAAAUCAUUCGAUUUAAAAUUCACUACGUCAGAAGUAAAAGGAAACAUCAGUGAAUUUUACAUCGAACUAUUCGCUACAAGUCCAAGUCGUGAUGCGGACUGGUCAGACAACAAAGCCAAAUUGAUAGUUAAUGUUAAAUUCGAAGCAGAUAUGAGCAUCACRGGGUCGUCAGUACCAGAUGAAGUAGUGUACGGCAACAACGUUAUUCUCUUGUCAGACAUGAAGAAAGAGGAAGAUAUUGGACCACUCRUCUCACAGAAUAUCAUGAUCAGGAAUGAAGGACCAAGUACAGUAGAUGGAUCAGUAGUAACUAUCAGUAUCCCAUGGAAACACAGCAAAGAAGACCAACAAAGCUAUCUGCUGUACCUGAUCAAUGUUAGGAACAUCAAGACUGGAAAUAAAACAAAAACCAAAGGUCCUGCGUCAGUUGUUGAAUCAACCCUCACGUUUUCUGAUGAUCAGCGAGAAAAACGAGACGAGGUCGCGGGAAUUGUGAGCUGUAAUGCAGCGGAAUGUUUGCAGUUUACGUGUAGACUUGGUAGAUUACAGAAAGGUGAUGACGUAGAAAUAUUGAUGACGUCACGACUCUGGCAAAGCACCCUAAUCAAGGCUGACGCUGGCGCCAUCGAUCUCAUUACUAUGGCAACCAUAACCCCUCCUUCAUCCAUCACCGAGCCACUAAAUGACAAAAGCAAUGAAAUCAAGCUUUACCUUCGUGCCAACCCCAAGGUGACCAAAACUGCUCCCGAGACCACCCCUAUCUGGAUUAUUAUUGUGUCAGUCCUGGCCGGUUUGUUGCUUCUUGGUAUAUUGAUCUUCAUUCUGUUUAGGUUUGGGUUUUUCAAACGAAAGCGCGCCAAAGACCUUGCGAAUGAAGAAGAAAACAUGACAUCAAAUGGUAAAUACGAGGCAGCACCUCAGUGACGGACAAAAACAUCACCUUGGCUUUUGAUAAAAUGCCUGUCAAUCAUACCGCCAAGAACCAAUCAAAACAAGUUGCGCAAUCAAAUGCGCGCUAUGACGUGUUAAGUUAACCAUCAUAAAAUGUCACUCAAAGAUGGAUUUGCUUAUGAACAACACAAACAAAAUCUUUAAAACAUUUAAAAAUUUAGUAGGAAAAUUGGCCUUUAAUUUAAAAGCUUUCAGAAAAAGCAGAAAUUUGAAUUGCGUGAAAAUAACUAGAAAUUGAAUAUGAUUAUUUUGGUUUUGAGACUAAAAAAAUUCCAUGGRAAAUGAGAGGCAAAACAUUAAUUUUGGUCGAAUUGGUAAACGUCGUCGCAUAAGUGACGCCCAGUCGCGUGACCACCAAGAAUUUGAGGUUCCCAUAAGAGUGUUUUCACUCAGGUGACAAGGAAGCCAUAUUAGUCAGUAUACCAAACACCCCAAAUAGAAACUUUCUGCAUAAGAAUAGAGCUCAAAUCCCCGAGGAUUGAACCUGGCCGCUGUGAAUAAAACGCUCGUGAAAACGAUCUAUARAUAUACUUCCACAAUUAAGUCAUCCUAAACAUUGAAAAAAAUGGAACCUGUUCUCAAGAGAAUGAAAUAGUAACGRGUAUUAUGGAAUUAGUGUAUUUUCCCCUUGGGGGGGGGGAGGUAGGAAGGAUGAGAAGGGCUUCUGUACCAAACAGGUUACUUUCUUCAAUGAAGACUAAUGCAACGAAGAGUUUUGCUUGGAUGCUAAAAUAAUAACAACUUCUUGUCAUGUAAAUAGCCACGAGUGUAAAAUACGCACACUAAUAUGCAGCACAAGGGAUAUAAAAAAAAUAUUUAUUGAAAUUUCAUUUGUUGGAAUAAAAAGAAA